CUAUGGGCAACCACCCGCCUGUACCAGGGAAGUAUUAACCCUAUAGGGACAAUCAGACCUUUCCUUCUCCUAGAUACAACAUAGAUACAUAUAAAAGAUACAAACUAUUGAAGUAGCAACAGCAUGCAGGAGAACCUGGAAGUCGCCGUGAUAUGACGUCAUCUCCCUGCGCCGGCCAUGUUUAAUUUGGGAGGAAAAAAAAGAAUAAAAUAAAAAAACAGACGCGCCCAAUGAGACUGUGGAGUAGUUGAGUUCAGAGAGCGAUGUCUUCUUGGCUCUCCAGUGAGAAUGGGACUGAAGCUGAAGAACUUGAAGACGUGUACCAUGAACUGUCCCAGCUGGGGGAUGACACGGUUUCUGCUAUUACAUAUGAAUCCGACACAGAUAAGAUAGUAAAGAAGAAGAAAUCAAGCAAACCACCAAGGUCACAGAAUUCUCCUUAUCUCUCCAGCGCAAAGCUUAACCCUAAAAAAGCCCCUGUAUGGAGAUCUCUAAAAGGAACCGGACAAAUGCACUCAGAAAACCCAAUGAUGAAAGUACCGAGGCAGCUAUGGCUGUCCUCCCUGAAACAAGGCAAUGGUCUCACUCAGCCUUUGAAAUCUGACAUGGAUAUUGGCCAGGCCUGGGUGAGCCCAGGCAGCAGCACUCCGGAGUAUCUUAAGGAAGCUCUUGGCAUGAAGAAGCCCAAAUAUUCCCGUUCUGCUAGUACUGGUUACAUACCUGGAACACCAGACUUUAAAGAGAAAGAGGACAUGUACGACCAGAUCAUAGACCUGAAAAAGAUGUUACAGGCACAGAAAUCUGAAGCGGAUUUAAUGAAAACGAAGCUCAGGAGAUUGGAGGAAGAAAACAACAGGAAAGACCGUCAGAUUGAGCAGUUACUGGAUCCCUCAAGGAGUUCAGAGUUUGCAAGAAGCCUGGUGGACAAAAAAAGUGACAGCAGUUUGAUAGUAAAUAAUCUCAAACAGAAGAUUCUGAAGCUGGAAAAGCAAUGUAAAGAAAAAGAUAAUGCCUUAAGUAAGCUCCAGACUGAGCUAAAAACUACAAGUGUGGAAGAGAUGAGGAUAGCUAUGGAAACGUAUUAUGAAGAGAUUCAGAGGCUACAGAUGCUGCUGGCGAAAGCAGAGGCUGCACAACAAAGCUAUAGACCUCCACCAGAAAGUAAGGAUUCCCUGAGAAGACAAAAAGCCCUGAAUGCGGCUGUACUGAAGCUCUCCAAACAAGUCAAGGAGUUACAGGAGGAAAAUAAAAGCCUAAAAGCUGAUCUGGACAGAGCUAUGGCGCAGUCUCCUACAUCUACCAGAUCCAAAGGUUACAGUGAGUGGAGCAAGCAGAGACUAGUGAGGAAGAUUUCGGAUUUAGAAAAGAAAUUGGAAAGUAUGCAGAAGUCAUCCACAGAUCAGGUCAAGUCAGCACAAGUGACCGGAACACCUCUCUCCAGUCAGGGAGAUGGUCCAUCAGUCCAGAAACUUGACCCGCAAGAAGAAUGUGAAAGACUGAGGAACUUGGUCAAGAAGAUAAAAGAAGAUCGGGCAGCUUUACAGGAACAACUCGCCACAAAGGAAGCUAACCUAAAAAAACUGCAGCAGGAAAAGACAGAACUGGAGAAGCAGCUGCAAAGACUGAAGGAGAGAAAAGAUGAAAGAGAAGAAAUCAACCGGCUGGGCCAAAAAAUUAAGAGAUUAGAAGCCGAGCUGGAAGAUGAGAAGCGAGAGAAGGGGGCUGCCCUGGAAUCUGCAAAAAAGGCACAGAAGGAGUCACGUGGAUCCCGUCCAAACUCUGCAAGAAGCACAUCGAGCACAUCAUCACUCCGGAGAUCUAGUGGAUCCUUCAGUGAAGGAGAGUCGAAGAGAAAACAGGAUGCAGCAAAACUUAUCCAGAAGAACUGGAAGCUGUAUAAAAGCAGGAAAGAAGAAAACAGCGACUUGGAAGAGACAACCGUGUUCCUUCAAGCAGCCCUGCGGGGUCACCUAACAAGACACAAAAUGUUAUCUCCAGCUGCAGCCUCUCGUGCAAGGUCUCCCAGAUCAAGCAGUCUCACCCAGCAGGACAGCGCCACAUCUGACAGUAAAGACCUACAAGAGGCCAGCAAAGAUGAUGACCAUGUGACCUUUCUGCAGUCCACGUUUCGAGCUCAUUUGACCCGCAAUAAAAUGCUUGAACAAAGGCAUAAUGAGAUGAAAGGCAGAGAGAGCCCUAUCAGGAAGAGUCCAAGAUCCAACACAAGAUCUCCAGUCUCCAGGAAAUCCUCCGGGCAGAAUAGACAUCACUCGCUGGCCAGUGAAAGCAGUGAAGAGAUCAAUGAAGAUUUUAUUGAAGAGCUGGUAUCUGAAGAAGAAGAAGAAGAAAAGCCAAAAACCAAGAGGCCAAAUUCCAGGACCUCAUUGUCCCAACGAUCACCAUCUGGCAAAUCCCACCCACCCACCGAAGACCCACAGUCUGAUGAUUCUGAUGACAUCAUCGUUGUAUCUCCAUCACGACCGGCAAGAAGGAAAGACUCAGAUUUUUAAAUGGCUGAUAUACUUUGAUAAGUGCCUUUAAAACCAGACCGGCUGUAAUUUUCUUUUAGUAAAACUUUUUCUAUAUUUAUACUUUUUCCAAUAAGUUCCUGUAGACCAGUGGUUUACAUCCCUUGGCUCUCUGGCUAUUGCGGAACUACAACUCCUAGUAUGCCUCUACAGCUGCUUGCUGUCUGGGCAUGCUGGGAGUUGUAGUUUUGCAGCAACUAAAGAGAGCCACAGGCUGGAGACCACUGAUAAUGACUAUGGUUGAGUGAGUUUACUGGACACAUACUUUUUCCUUUGCAGAUUUUAUAUCAAAUCCAUUAAGAAAUGAGACCAAAAUCCGCAUUUGUUGCCCACAGACAUUGGCGCAGAUGGAUUUCCUUUUUAUUUUUUAAAGUAUUUAUUUAUUAAUUAAAGUUUUGUUUUGCAUAAUAUAAACAAACACCACAAUAAAGUGCAACACACAACAA